AUGACCAUUGAUGGCACGGGGCAAUCUAAGGAGGCGCUGCAAGAUGAACGGUUAAACACUGGGUCUGAUAAGGUCUACCAAAAUUAUAUGAUGCCUGCUUUGGAACUCUACGAUGCUAAGGUUUCCAUAAACCAUUGGCAAUUACGGGAUUGUAUCAAACCGGGAUCAAUGAAUCAGAGCAAACUGUACUAUAUCUACGAUCAUUCGAUAAGAGUACUAGAUACGGAUUCUUCCGCGUUGAGGUCGCCAGUAAGGCGACAUAAUUCUAUUCAACCAAGCAACAGUGGUAAAAACUCCAAUGAAAGGGCGUCUACAAGGGGAUCCAAGGCAACAGGCUCGUUUAUUUCCAGAAAUUUACAUGUUCCUUCCGAGAAACUGGUAGAGUUCAACUUCAAGCCAAGAUGUUUCACUGAAUUAAAUGGGCUGACUGUUUGUGGUGGCCUCAUCGGUUCUGAUGAUAAGGGGUUUCCUUCUAAUUGGAACCGUUUAGCUCAAGAUGCAAAUAUUGCGUUACCUCCGCCUUCUCAACCGAUUAACAUUUCCAAAAACAUUAGUUUCCCGAUAAACUCACAUUAUUCGAAUCCUAAUAUCUGGAAAGGUAUUGUGGAGUUCUAUAAUCAAGAAACUGAAACGAUGAUGACGUUUACCUUGGGCCAGUUUAUUAAUAACUGUGUCACACUUUAUGACAGGGCUUCUACGCAGUUUGAUCUUUUCGCUUGUAAUAAUGAUGGUCAUCUUUAUCAAUGCGACGUGAGUAACAGGGAUGUAACACUAGUGAAGCGUUAUGCGGAUUUAAAGUUCCCUUUGAACAACGCUUCCUUGUCACAUGAUGGUCAAAUGAUGGUGGUGUCUGGUGAUUCCAAUAAAUUUGCUGUUUACAACCAAAAUGAAUUAACCAACCAAUUUUCCUUACAUUAUGACAACCAUCCUACUUGGGGUAGUUCUGCCCAUCGCUUUAGACGGAUACCACGAUUUGCAUUGCCUGAUGAAUCAGAAUAUACUGAAAACAUAUAUGAAGCGCCAAAUUCAGACCAUGGGUUUUAUAACUGCUUUUCCGAGAACGACUUGCAAUUUGCAACAGUAUUCCAAAAUGGUACUUGCGCAGUUUAUGAUAUCAGAAAUAUGGCUACUCCCAUGGCAGAAAUUAGUUCAACUAGACCACAUUCUCAUAACGGCGCAUUUAGAGUCUGUAGGUUCAGUUAUGGCCUAGAUGAUUUAUUAUUCAUUUCUGAACACCAAGGCAGAGUACACGUUGUAGAUACAAGAAACUAUGUUAACCACCAAGUUAUUGUGAUUCCUGACAAAGUUAAUAUGGAAUAUAUAAACGAACAGAAGCAUAAUACAAAUCCGAAAUUCACUACGAAUAGUAACAACGGAAAUGAUGGUAACGAUAGCAAAAAUGAAUUCCAAGAGGCGGAUUACCGUUCUUUAUCGAGAAGAAGGUUUUCAUUGCCUUCUUUGCCGAAUGUAUCAACAGAACCAUGGAUUACUAUGGCCCAAAGGAUCCCAAAAAAGUAUUUGGAACCGCAAAUUCUACCUUUUCCGAAAGUCAUGGAUAAAAUUAGUAACGAAUCAGUCCUCUUUUCUUCACAAAGUAAUUCAUCAAGUGAUAUGUCUCAUCCAUACAAGAGACGAUGUUCAUUUAGGGUAAGAAGAGUAUCGACCUCGGCACCAACUGCUGAUUCUUCCAAUAACGAUGCCAACACAAGACUCGGCUCUCCUGCUACUGAUUCUACCGCAACUUCGUCGUCAAAUUCUGCACCUCAAAAUUUAAUUGACCCAUUAAUUCUUUCUCACCAGCAAGCUAACAAUGAUGUUUUUGAAGAUGAUGAGUAUUAUGAGGCUUACAAUGAUGUUCACUCAACAUAUCGUGUUUCUUCAGAUUAUCAUGGUCUUUCAGCAAGAGCUUUUGAAAGUUUUCUCAGACCACCUUCAACACCAGACUUACCGUCAGAUAAUGACAAUUUCACUACUAAUAGUAGGAGUAAUAGAGGCACAUCAAAUUUUUUGAGAAGGCCGGUGAUUACAACUCAAGAAAGUAAUGAAUUCUUAGAGGAAAACAAUAUAUCAGGUAUUGAUUGGGUUGAAGACAGAAAUGGGAGCUCUUUGAUUAUAGGUACCGAUUACGGCAUUAUGAGGUGGAAUAUUAAUUCAUGGGCAAGAAGAAGUUUUUCUAGUUAUGACUUAUGCUGA